AUGGAUGAAAUAGAGCUAAGACAGCCUGGCUACGUGGCCGAGUUAAUAGAAGUAUUUAACAAGGCUAAAAAGAACAGUGAAAAUGCGGGAGAAAGAGUCCCUAGUGGAGGUGUUUCAAUAUUUGGUGGGUCGAGUGGGUCUGCCCACUUGGCAGAUGACGCUCAGCACUCGCGAACCACGGAGUCGUUGAGUGAGGCAACGUCAUCUUUCUCCCGAGACCUCCCCAUUUUCUUGAGCGAGCCCAUGCAACGUUCCUCUUCAUCGUGCGUGUGGUCUUCUCCAGACGGCCACAGUGACAGCGCAGAGCAUUGCAGCAUCGACGUCUUCGCCACUCUGAGGCCGCCUACGAAGUGCGUUUGUGUCUGUAACGAAAAGAAUUGCGAGUACGUCAAGAGGCACGGACGUGGGUCGUCGCCUGUUGUUGACUGGAGAUCAUCCAAAAGCGAAGAUGGUAACAAGAGUCCACAUAUCAGUAAGGUGUUCACACUCCUUAGAGAGCGCAAGUCUCAACUCCAGCCAGACGAGCUAAACAAGAGCAAAUCGUUAACUUCGAGGUGGUGGAAAAAAGGAAAACAGUCAGAAAAUUCAUUGAGUAGAACAGACGUAAGUGAGAAAUUUAGAAUACCCGCUAAUACGUCUCCCCAGAUCCUAACUCCUAUAAGCCUCACGUCACCUCCUCUAUCCAUAACUCCUAUUGAUACUUACGACUUCUCCGUGUCAGAAAUGCCCACUGCCAGAACAAACGGUGCAAGUGCUACAGCCCCCGAAAUCAUUACUCUAAGAAGACUAAGGCCGUCUGACGAAAGGUCCGCACCCCACAUGACACACAGCAACACGAACGGUUCAGUGCCCCACCCUCACGAGGACGAAGAGGACACCAUUUCUUCCACGAGCAGCGAAGAAAGGCUAACGCCAAAAACACGUGUCAGGUCGUGGGUGGAACAUUGGAGAUUAUGCAAGUACAAACCGUCACCCAUAAGAAUCACCUUCCUUGUGAUAGGUUCCAUACUCUUUUUAGCUGGCGUUAGUUACGACUUUUGUCUGCAGCACGCGGUCCACGGAAUUCUGGGAAGUUGCAGAAAUAACUUGGCUGACGAGUAUAUUGAAUUUGGAAACAAAUUUUUAACAUAUAACUACAUUUUUGAGUCAGUAAGAUCUCGACGCCACAGUGAUUUAUUUUAUGACCAAAGUGAUAUAUCUUCUAAUCCCGCUCAAUACUGGAGCAGCAUAGCUGAUAAGGAUCCUAAAUUCUUUAAAACUUUGGAAGCUUUAGCUAUAUCAGUUGAGCUUAAUUUUUUCAAUUUAGUCGACUCAUUAAGUGUUGACAAAGUGAAAGUGAAAGACUUGGGACCACUCUAUUUAAGAGUGGAUUUCUCUAGGCACCGUGGUUUUAGAGUUAACUACGUACCAAGUCGAUCUAAUGUAUCUCUUUCAACACCAUUUCAUGUGUACGACUUGAUGAAAUUGAUGCUUGAGAGUAACAACAUGUUGCAUUUAGGCUUCCAUAUGAAAGACUACCACGUGACCACUCCCACAGCUUUACUUAACGUCGUUGUAGACGUACUUCAGAAGUUUAGAAUAAGUACAGUAUUCCUAGAAUCUCUACAAAAUCAAACACGUUGGACUUCUCGAAGAAGACGUUCGCGACAAGAAGUAGAAGAUGUCAUCCAAUGGAAGUCGUACGAAGAUAUCCUUCGAAAUAUUUUCCUGACUUUUCCACCGAACAGAAACACAAUUGUUUCUGUUCCUGUCUCUGUAUUACAUAAAAAUGUAACAUUUCGCUUUGAAGAAACUUCAUUCACCAAUGGAUUAGAGUGCUUAAAGUUUACUCAUGAUAGAACUGGAAAGAUCUCAAAGAAAACUAAAUACGUGUCGUCAUCGUCCGAAAAGUGGGAUGUUAGGAGAAACAAUCAAAAUAUGUUUGCCGUGAAGUACAAAGAAGAAGAAACGGAUCCAUAUUUGAUUUCCAAUCAAUAUCCGAUGGUUAUAGAUUUAGAGUCUGCCAUUCAAGGCGUCGUGGGAAACACCAAGUUGUUCGGCGAGACCCUGGAGAAAUAUCCGCUCUGGAUUUCAUCACCGCACUUUCUUACGAGCGACCGAAAAUCUGUAGACGGAUCUUUGGACUCAAAUUUACCUAAACCAAUUGAUGGGUUUUAUCCAAGCCGAAAGCAACAUGGUUCCUUCAUUCAUUAUCACCCAGUUUUAGGGGCACCAAUGAACGCUUCGCUUGCUCUCCAGUUUGGCGUGAGGCCUCCGAUGAAGAUGCUACACGGCGGGAAGAUCGUACCUGUGUUUUGGGUUAGGUUGCAGUUGGAGAGCGUCCCUUCCUCGCUGUGGUUUUUCUUCUGGUUCGUCACCCACUUGAGACUGAUCAUGAUCGGCAUAUUGGUUUGCGUAGGUUUGUUACUCAUUUGCCUUACCGCGUUGUGUCGGUGCAGUCGUGAGCCUGCUCCUGUGUUCGUAUGAGGGCACGCGGGGCCUCCUGCAUAGUGUUCGUCCCUGGCUUUGCUCAACACAACACAUUUGAAGGACUAAGCAAGAGGCCCCCGACUCUCUCAAUUAAUAGGUUAAUUGGUUCGCAGAUAUGAACUGCUCGUCGCGCUCAUGGGGUCGCGUCACUUACUCUGCAGUCGGGGCUUCAUUGCUACUAUCAUCCAUGUUCGAAACGAAUUUAGGCUUUCAACUUUUCGUACUUUUGUAUUCUUCAUUGGAAUCUUUUUUCUUCGCAAAAUUGAAGCUCUUCAACAACCUGAAAAAAUAAAGUUUCCUGUUACAGUAAAAGGACCUUUGAACGCAGUAUUGUAUCAGCGGCUUCAGUUCAAGGAAAAGUGUUGUUACAAUAUUCGAACUGGAUUGUUCGGGCCCAGAAGCGUCGAGCUAGAAGUUCAAUUAAGAACCGAUUGAUACUUUCCAAAAUGCUUCCAGUUUCUGCCAAAAAUCUAUGCAACCACACAAGACGAAUGUGAAUAUCAGUUCAUGUGUCCUUUCAAAUUGCUUGAGCACAAAGCGAGGUGUUUAUUGGUGACACUUCAUUGCGUGAACAGUACCCAGUCAUUGGCUGCAGUUUACUUUUUCUCGGUCAUGAAUGGAACGCCGCAAUAUGAGACAAGGACUCCGGCAUGAAGAUUACCAUCGCUACCCAGCUGGUAAUGCAGAGGGAGAGGAAGAUACUACGUGCGAUCAAAGCUUAUUUGUGUACGAAGUCUUUUCAUAAUUUUGGUCGGUCAAUGAUUAGAAAGAAGUUAUUAAAAUUUGGAAUAUUAUAUGAAACUAAAUAAAAUUCGCGAAGAAAUCGACCAGCCUUGAUCGAGAGGGCCUAUGUAAAGUUUGAAUAAAAAAA